AUGCUGUGGGUCCUACCUACUACCUUAAAGAAUUUUCAGCUUCGGUGCAGCACAGAUCUGGAGCUCAGCCCCAGGAACACAUCCAGCACUCCAGGAUUUUAUCCAGUGUCUGCAGAGUUUGGAUCCCUCCACCAGGUAAAGAUGUUAUGGCAGAACCUCCAUCAGUUUGGCCAGAAGUUGGUUCGCCGGCGGCCCCUGGCGGCAAACGAGCAGUCUGAGUCUUCUUUGUCUCGAUGUCUGACCACUUUGGACCUGGUGUCCUUGGGUGUGGGCAGUACCCUGGGUGCAGGCGUGUAUGUCCUGGCCGGGGAGGUGGCCAGAGAGAAAGCUGGACCAUCCAUCAUCAUCUGCUUCUUAAUUGCUGCCCUGUCUUCAGUGAUGUCAGGACUGUGUUACGCGGAGUUUGGAGCCAGGGUACCAUGCUCGGGCUCCGCAUAUCUCUACAGCUAUGUCACAGUGGGCCAGCUGUUGGCUUUCGUCACUGGCUGGAACCUAAUACUCAACUAUGUCAUUGGUGCAGCCAGUGUGGCUCGGGCCUGGAGUGCAGCUUUUGAUGGCCUCAUAGGGAACCAUAUCUCCCAAGCCAUGCAGACGACUUUCCCUAUCCAAGUGCCCAGCUUUCUGGCCAAGUAUCCAGACUUUUUUGCGCUUGGUCUGGUGAUAGUUCUCACUGGAAUCCUGGCCCUGGGAGCACGAGAGUCUGCCCUGGUCACCAGGGUUUUCACAGGAGUGAAUCUUUUGGUGCUGUGUUUCGUCUCCCUCUCUGGCCUCAUUAAUGGCAAGCUACACAACUGGCAGCUUACAGAGGAUGACUACAAACUGGCUCUGUUAGAAUCCAACAGCACUGACAGCUUGGGACCAAUGGGCUCUGGAGGGUUCAUGCCUUUUGGCUUGAAGGGGAUUCUCCGUGGUACAGCAACAUGUUUCUUUGCCUUCAUUGGGUUCGACUGUAUUGCGAGUACAGGGGAAGAGGCCCGCUGUCCCCAGCGUUCCAUUCCAUUGGGCAUCGUGACCUCACUCUUCAUUUGCUUUCUGAUGUAUUUUGGUGUUUCGGGGGCACUCACUCUCAUGAUGCCCUACUACCAGAUUAACAUCAACAGCCCCUUGCCCCAGGCAUUUAUCCACGUUGGAUGGGGCCCUGCUCGCUAUGCAGUAGCUGUGGGAACCUUAUGUGCCCUUUCAUCCAGCCUCAUAGGUUCCAUUUUCCCUGUUCCUCGGGUGGUGUAUGCCAUGGCAGAGGAUGGGCUCCUGUUCCGGAAACUUGCCUAUGUUCAUCCUCGAACACACACUCCGGUCCUAGCCACUGUCCUUUGUGGAAUCAUCGCAGCAUUUAUGGCUUUCCUCGUUGAGCUCAGUGAUUUGGUGGACCUCUCGUCCAUAGGGACCCUGCUGGCCUACACCUUAGUGACCUUCUCUGUUCUGAUCCUCAGGUACCAGCCGGACCAGAACUUAAGCUCUUGUAAGAGGGAGAAGUCUGAGAGUGCAGCUGUGGAGCUGGAGCCUGGACUUGAACCUUCUUCAUGCAUGGAGCCUAUUUCUCCAGAAGGGACUCCAGGGAUUGCAAGGAGACUCUGUAUCCCCACGAACACCACCCCGACUCUGAGAUCUGGCCGGAUUGUCUAUGGAUGUGCUUCCCUGCUUGUCCUUCUUCUGAUGCUCCUGUGCCUGAUCCUGACCCAGUGGUCCACACAGCUAUUCUCUGGGGACCCAGUUUUGAUUGCCAUGGCUGCUUUACUGUUGCUUCUUACUGUCGGGGUGAUCACUGUCAUCUGGAGACAGCCUCAGAGCACCACUCCUCUCCACUUCAAGUUCUCCAGGUGGUCUGGAGGGGCUGCCACUUCCUGGUCUCUCAACCCACUGAAGGUCUCUGGAACUGGGAAGCACGAGGCUCCAGCUGGACUGCUGAGCUCCCUUCGAGUGACCGAGGUGAUCAUGAGAGUCAAGACUGGAAUGGAAGAUGAGAAGACUAGGUUGGCCAUCUUAG